UGCAAGGAAGCCGAUGACCUUGAUAACACCCUUUGAUUGCUGAUUGUUGUUGCUGAUCCUUUUAUUGCUGAUGCACUUAUCCUGAACAUCAGCUUACUUGAAUUGGAUUAUGAGUCGCAUGUCAUAGACUUUUUAGAUACUGAUUUCGUUUGUCAUAGGGUGCAAUAUGAGGUUUUUACAGCUGAUAAUUAGCUGUGAACAAUGUAUUUGUUUUCUUUCCUGAUAAUAUGUAUUCAGUUCGUUUCUAAAGCAGAAUCUGACGUAUUUUCACAACUAAGGCGAUAUCAAUUAUUUGAUAGACCAGUCUUUCGUACCACGCGAGAUGCUGAUGGAAAUGAAACAAAACAAAUCUCUUUUGAUGCAUGGGGAAGAUCCUGGUAUUUAAUUCUUUAUCAUGAAAUGUCGCCGCAUACUUCUAAGCUUUCUGUUAAAUUUGUCAGUGCAAACGGAUCCUAUUUUUUACAUCCGAAAGUAAAAUAUACUGAACUGUACACUGGUUAUGUGUCAGGAUCAAACCAGUCAUUUGUAUUGGCACAUUUGGAAGAGUACACUCCAAAAAUAAGUGCUCAAAUACACACAGACUUAGAUAUUUUCAUUAUUGAGCCUUUAUCCGACUAUGCAAGCUACCUUGGAAAUAGAUCUAUGUUAAUGUAUCGAAUGAGGGAUAUUUACACGGUAACAGUUUCAAAUAAAUCAGUGGAGUACAAAUCAUCAGCUAAUUUAUGGAGCUUGAAAACCGAUACAUUUGAUGCGUACAAUAAAAGAAAACGUUCGGUUUCGCUAGGAUUACAACAUAAACUUUGUCGUCUUACCCUUAUCGCCGACUAUGCUUUUUUCACUAAUGUGGGUAACAAGGAUGGACCUAAAACAAUCAGCUAUAUUAUUAAGUUAUUUGAUCGAUUGAAUUAUCUUUUUCUCACAUCAAAAUUUUUGGAUGAUCAACAUGGUGAAAUGACUGGUUAUGGCUUUUUAUUACAAGAGAUUGUAAUCCACGAAUCAUGGACAGCUGAAAGUGGUCAUUACAACUCUCCAACUGAUUUAGGUGGGAAAAUGUGGACAGCUACAUCUUUGCUACAUGCAUUUAGUCGUUUCGAUGUGAAACAAUGUUGUCUGGCUCAUUUGCUUAGUUAUAAAAAGGUAGCUGAAGGAAUUUUGGGAAUGUCUUGGUUAGCUUCACCAGACCCGAAAAAAUUGGGUGGGAUUUGUUCUUUACCCUUUCACCAGAGUAAUAAGGCGAAGUUGUAUUUAAAUACAGGAUGGACUACGUAUGUAGAUUACAAUGGUCAGCAGCUUGUUAAUGCAUUGGCUGAAUUAAUUACAGCGCAUGAAUUGGGUCAUAGUUGGGGAGCAGAUCAUGAUCCAGACACUGAUGAAUGCAAUCCAACGGCAACAAGUCAUGGGAAAUACUUGAUGUAUACAUAUUCUGUUUCAGGGUAUGCAGAAAAUAAUGGAAAAUUUUCACCAUGUAGCUUGCGAACAAUUGGUGCUUGUUUGGUAACACGUGCUCCAUUAUGCUUCGAUGAUUCAUCAAUAACUCUUUUAAAUCUUUGUGGUAAUAAUCGUAUUGAUGAAGGUGAAGAAUGCGAUGUUGGUCAUAGUCCAAAUGAUCCUUGUUGCAAUUCUGAUUGUUUUCUUAAGACAGGUGCUCUUUGUUCCCCAUGGAAUCAUGGUUGUUGUACUUCCGAUUGUCAAUUUGCACCGAACAAUACUAUUUGUGCACAAACAAGCAGUGCUAAUCCUUGUCUAGGACCUGGUCAUUGUAAUGGAUUAUCACCUAUUUGUCCAGGUCCAACACUUUUAUCCAUUGGUCAAUGCGAGGAAUAUGGACAUUGUUUUCAGGGUAAAUGUCAUCCAUUUUGUGAUAGUCUUGGAUUGGAGACUUGUAUUUGUGAUUCAACUGAAGAAUCCUGUUUUAUUUGCUGCUUAUUUCCAAUAUCAGAUUCUACUACACGUCAAAAUGCAUGUCUUCCUGUAAUAUUAUCUGAAGAUGAAUACUUGUUAUAUUAUAGAAUGCAUAAUGGCAGCGAUUCGGAGUUUCAUAAAUCUUAUUCAGUAAUUCACCAUUUGAAGAAACCAGCUAUAUAUUCAAUGCAUACAUUUUCACCAUUCCCAUCGUCUAAAGUAUUACAUUUGUACAGCAGUUAUUUAUCAAACACUACAUAUCAUUUUACCCGUAACAGGACAAAUAAAAUAUCUACACUUCAACUUAGCAGUCAUGAUUCUAGCUAUAAUUAUCUGCAAUUAGUAUAUAUUCAUCUUCAAGAUUAUCGACCAUGUGAUCGGGGUUACUGUAUGUCAGGGAAGUGUGUAGAAUCAAAAAGUAAGAGAAUAUUACGGUUUUGGACACCUGUUCAUUACUCAAGAAAAAAGAAUUUCGGUACUAUUGUUUGGGAUAAUUUCACUCUUCUUGUGAUCUUUCUAUCACUCUUUAUAUGGAUACCAUUGAGUGGAUGUGUUGCUUAUUUAAAUAGGUAUCCUCAACAUGAAAUCGCUAAUCAUUAAUCCAAAGAAAACGUAUACAGUUUUAUUGAUUAUGAAAAGGAAAUAUGCUUUAUUUCAACCUAUUUUUAUUGAUUAUUUUAUUCAUAGAAAUUUAUUGAAUUUCUAUUGUUCAACUGCAUUUGUGUUUUAUUUUUGCAAAACAAUUUUUAUUAGUGACUAACAUUUCUAAGGUUUAUUAAAUGCAACUUUUGUCUCAACUUCAUGUUAGUUUAACUUUUAUUUCCAUAUAUAUGUGUGUAUAGUGGAGAAUAUUUGUAGCUCAGGUGGGAUAGUCUUGGUUGUAUUAUGUUCUUUAAGCUGGGUUAUAAUAUUUAAUCGUGUAGCUUUCAUCAUCUUUCUAGACGACAUCAUCAGAACUAACUUCAUACUAAAGUUAGUCCUGAUGAUGUCGUCUAGAAAGACGAUGAAAGCUUCACGACUAAACAACUCAGAGAAGACAAUACAACCAAGAUAUAUGUGUGUAUGUAUAUAUGUAGGUCAGUGAUUGCAGAGUUCUCAUUAAUUUAUUCGAGUCAAGACUUGAUUUAGAUGCAGAAUAGUUGUGUUGUUACCAGGGGGUUAUUGACCCGAAACAUUUAGCGAAUCACUAUAAACUGUACCAUUUCGGUUUGAGUGAUUAAAAUUCUACUGAAUAAUUUUUACUUCUUACUAUCAGUUAUCUUUAUUAUUGUUUUUCAAUAAGCUGUGAUAUAUACACGUUUUAUUUCUUAUAUAAGUUUCUGUAUCUUUAUCACCUAUUCAGAUUUCUUACCUUCUGUGUGGGGUAUAACGUUAAACAGAACAAAAAAGCAGAUUCAAUCAAUGUUAAGUAGAAUUAGGCAUACCUAAUACUAGAAGAGUAGAAAGAGUUAUUGAUGAAGAAGUAUUAUGCCUUUUUUUUUCCCUACCACAGUUAUCAAAUUAUCCCUCUCCUUACCAUUUUGUAAUUCUUGUAUUUAUUUAAUUAUUCAAUUUCUUCGACAACUGCCUUCAAUACGAAAGAUUUUGUUUACUUUUCUCUUUAAUCCAUUUCUUUCAAUAACUAAUUAUGAUUAUUAAUGAAAAGUAUUUUUGUUAACUUUAUCCUGUACUGUUUUAAUUAUCAUAUAUUUGUACAAUUGUUUUCUCUUUUUAUUGUUAUUUUCUUGUUUCAACGCACCGGUUGUUUUGUAUGUAAUAUUAAAAAUAAUAAUAAUAAUAUUACUAUUUGUCGGUG